CCACACUCUGUUAUGAUAGUUACAGUGCAAUCUUUCUUACAUGAUAAAAAUAAUAUGAAACGGUGUGGUAUCAGGACGAUUUUUUUUAUAUUUCUGACAGUUUCAUUCGUAUAUAGCAAUUCACAAACAACAGAAUCGCCCUAUGCCAAACCGACAACGCAAUCAACCAUACAUCUUAUCGAUCGAGAACUGACCAAGUGCUGCCCUGAUUGUCAUCAAGUGAACUUCAAAGAAUGUAAAGAUAAAUACAACGGAGCUGGAUCUUAUGGAUUGACUGAAUGUGCAGUCAAUUGUCCAUCUUGGCAUCAGCUGGAAAGAUGUUCAGUCCGAUGUACUGGUUCACAACUUGAGCACAAUGAAACCGAGGACGAUUGCGAGUGUGUUUAUACUUAUGAAAGAGAAAUAUAUGACACAGUGAACAACGACGGAGCGCAUCCAAGAUCAGUGUUCUUUUAUUGUAUAUUCGUCAGUUUUGCAACACUAAUGAUUUGGUUGAUCGAACUCGUUUUCAAAGUCAAAGCACGAUUACGUGCGGGAAGGCCAAGAUCAAUUUGUGUUGAAAAUGGUGGAAAGACGAGGAUGUUACCAAACAUUUUACGAAUGCAAACGGAGGUUCUUGAAACACGACAACAAAGCCUAGAAAAUCAGAGAGACAAUUACUGUGAACCCUGGGAAAUAACAAGUUAUGUCUGAACAAUAAAAAUAAAAAUUGACAACGAUUUGAUAGUUGAUAUCAAUGAUAAAGCAGUUCCUAAAUUUUAAAGCAUAAUAGUAAAAUAAACAUGUGUAGCUCAUA